AUGUCGAUUCAAUGGUCAUUUAUCGCAGGCUAUCUUUAUUUUGAAAUAGCUAUAGUUACUGUAAUGAUCCUACCAAUAUUUAGCCCUAGAAAAUGGCAUACCUUUUUUCGUUCUCGAUUAUUCUCCAUGUUUCAGCAACAAGCAGCUGUAUAUUUCUAUGUUCUUCUGGGAGUUCUUGCGCUAUUCUUAAUGGACGCCGUUAGAGAGAUGCGUAAAUAUUCUCACACAACUGAUCAUGUUCAUCUUACUAAUGAAAUGAAAGGUAAUGUUAAAUUAUUUAGAGCACAAAGAAAUUUUUAUAUUACGGGUUUUGCGAUAUUUCUUGCAUUUGUAAUAAGGAGACUUGUGACCAUGAUCAUUAUACAGCAUGAACUUGAGUUAAAGGCUCAAGAAAUAAUAAUAAAGGCUGAAGACACUGUGCAAAUGGCUAAGUCUACUCUUAUUGAACAUAGAAUUGAAGAUGCUUCAGACAUUGCAGUAUUGACACAUAAGUUUACAUUGACCAAGGCAUUAUUGGAGGAACAAAAGUUAAGAGUUCAAGAAUUAGAGGAAGAAGCUACAAUGUGGCGGUUAAAAUAUGAAGAAAUGCAAGGUCACAAAAAUGGACAAGGAGAUGAAUAA